CUAAACCCUCAACAGUAAAAUCAGUCUGUAUAUGCAGUAAAGCAUGCUUGUUAUACUCACUAUGGAACUUAAGGGGUUAAUCCUCUGCAAUUGUGUAAAAAGGAUGUUUGAUCCUGUUUUCUCUGAUCCUCCUCUUCUUCCACAUUUCCCAUUUAAUCUCCUGAUAGAACACAACUUUGGGGACACUGUGCAUGUUCAGUUUGGUGUGUACUGCUAGAGAGUUUUUUUCUUUUUCUUGGGAGGGUGCUUGUGAUCAUCACAGGGCCAAUCAGCACUUUCCAGCCAGAAGGUCAGGGGUUAUGCAGCC